AUGACCACUACUCAGGUGAAUUUUACAAAGCUGGUGGACCCUGUAGAUGACAGUUCGUCAACGGCGCUCUCUGAUUCAAAAGAACUGCAUGCCCUUCUCACCAACACUCAGUUUGCUUUUCUGGUGAUAUUCUGCUGCUGUUGCCACUAUGCCGCGCUUGUCAUUUCUGCCCUUGCAGUGGGGGAGUCGACGAAUGUGUUGGUGGUGCCGUUCGUUCUGGGGAAGUCCCUGCUGUUCGGGUUUGCCAAAGCGGUCGUGAAGGUGGUGAAGCGGCGGCGCCGGACCGUGUUUGUUGGCGUCGAGUACGAAGAUGACGGCUCCGACCACGACAACUUCGACGACAUUAACCAGCCAGCGGAGGGGGGCUUUAAGUGA